AUGCCCACCUUCUCAGACUACACGACGACUUACGGCGGAGGCGGGGGCGGAGGCGCAGGAGGCGCUAGUAAUGGCAGUAAUGGCUAUGGUUAUGGCUCGGCAGAAGAUCCACCCACUCCAGGCGAGCGAGGGUUCCGGCGGAAAUGGCUGGCGGCGAAGGCAGGGAGCAUGUACCGGGCCGCUGCGGUAGGAGUCAACGAGAUCAGGGAAGGCUAUGCGCAGACGCGGGCAAGGCCUUUGGAGCCGGGUGAGGGUAUGCCGAGGACCACAAUUCCGGGAUCGUUCCCUGACGUUGCCAUCACUGUUCAGGGAGAUGACCAGAUGGUCAUUUUCCCAUCGUACGCAAAGAGGCAUGUCAAGCAAGAUUGGACGGCGACAUACCAGCAGCACGCCGAAGAAGAGCCUGGCAGCGCUAGGGACCAAGAGUUUUGGAGGAAAGAGUGGGAGCGUAAUGAAGACGAGAAGGCCAUCGUGGACAUCGACGUCAGGGGAUGGGUGUACUCCCCGCACAAAGGGCCGAUCACUCGGCGCAACCGCAUUCUCAUCGGCCUCGCACGUCAGCUAAGCGGCAUCCCCGCUCCCAGACAGGAUGCCCCUGCGCCCGAUAAUCUCUCUGCGUUACACCAAUCACACGAGGAACGAAGAGAGCAAGAAAAGAUUGCGAAGGAAGCAGCAGAAAUCGAGAAGAGAGGCCAAGAAGAACGGCGUGUGGCGUGUCAAGGUGGCUUUAGCGAAGCGCCAAAGGACGGAUCCGACGAUGAUGCGAAUAGUAUAUACCGAGCGAGAUCGAGAUCACGAAGUGGCACGCAGACGCCAAUGACAGCUCCUGGGUCUCCCAAAUUGGCACCGACUAGGACAAACACUACGGGUAAUGAUCUGACAGAUGCCGAGCUGUCUGUCGCGAAUGCCAACCUAAUGGCUAGGAUAGCGCCUUUCAUGACUACACCUCUAGUCCAGCUGCCCAUCACUGUCUUCUUCUACAAUGACGAGAAAUCGGCGUCACGGACUGUGCAGACUAAUGACGCGGGCCACUUCAUCCUACGCGCCGCUUUGGAAUUUGUCCCUACGCACGUCCGCGUCCUCGCUAAUGAGGACUUGUCGGCGACCCAGGAAGUCAAGAUCAUCGAACCGAAGGGUGUUAGCUUGAUCAGUGACAUUGACGACACGAUUAAGCGCUCCAACAUUUCGGGUGGCGCAAAGGAGAUAUUCCGCAACACUUUUGUCCGCGAGCUCAAGGACUUGACGGUGGAAGGUGUUCGGGAAUGGUACAACGAGCUACACUCAAUGGGGGUCAGCAUGCACUACUGUUCGAACAGCCCCUGGCAGCUUUUCCCGGUACUGGCCAGUUACUUCAUGAUAGCCGGCUUGCCGCCUGGAUCACUUCAUUUGAAGCAAUACAGUGGCAUGCUGCAGGGUAUCUUCGAGCCGGUUGCGGAGAGGAAGAAGAGUACCCUCACCAGGCUCAUGCACGACUUCCCCGAACGCAGGUUUCUCCUAGUUGGUGACAGCGGAGAGGCAGAUCUGGAAGUGUACACAGAGCUAGUGGAAGCCCACCCAGGACGCAUCAUCGCCAUCUUUAUCCGCGAUGUGACAACGCCGGAGCAAGCUGGGUACUUUGAUACAUCUUUCGAGAGUAGCAGCGCACGUCAGAGGGGCUCAAUAUCCAAGGCCACGGACCACAGCGAUGUUCCGACGAACCGUCCUGGGCUUCCUCCACGCGGCGAGGCAAAGACGGUCGGGCCUGUCAUGGGCGAUCUGAUCGACUUUUCCGACGAACCUGAAGAGACCACGCUGAACGACGCUGCUGCCCUGGCCCAGAUCCAGGCCAGACCGAAGCCACAUUCAAGCGCCACCGACAUUGCUGUUAGCCGCAAGCCCCCUCCGCCACGACCCAACAAGCCAGCUGCGCUUCGCAGCGCUCCGUCUGAUACCAAUGUGCCCACAAUUAAAGUCAACAGCAUGGGUGCGACGCCUCCCCCGAUGCCGAGUGCUCGCAAGCCGUCUGCAGACCGGAGCAACCCUCACCCUCUGUCGCAAAUGCACAACUCAUCUCAACAGACGAUCGGAAGUAACAGGAGCCUGCCGAGUAUGGCCAAGGUACCAGCUACCACGUCACAAAACGACGCUAGUAAGACAAGCAAAGUUGCACCGGCGCCUCCACCGCCUCGGCGUGGGGGGACAGCUUCUAGCUCCCGUAGUCUGAGCCCUCGGAGCCUCGACGGCCGGCGGAGACUAUCGGCUAACGGAGACAUCGACUUCGAAGCGCUGCCGCCCUCCGCCGCUUCCCGUCCACAGCAAGUUCAGCCACCGCCAUUUGUGAGAGCGCAGACGGCCAGUCUAAGGUCCGGAUCCACAUCCCCGACGUACGGCAGCCCGAGCCUGGGGCCAACGGCGGCGGCUCCGAAUAGGAAGCACGAGCUGUGGAUGCGUCGACUGCAGCGGGCCCAGGAGAUCUUGGAGUCGCACGGGGUAGCUUUGUAUACCUGGCGAAGGGGCGACGAUGUAGUAGCCGAGGCUGUGGGAAUGGUGAAGGAGGAGCUGAAGAGGGUUGGCCUCAACGGGGAGAAGGACGCGAAGACGGAAGGAAAGAGGUUUGAAAGGCAGAUUAGGAGGGAGCAGUCGCAGCAACAGCAGCAUCAACAACAGCGGCCGCAACAGCAGGGGGCGUACCAGCAAGGGUCAUAUCAGCAGAGAAGGUGA